CGUCAGAUUGGAAUGAGGGAGUGAAUGUUCCGGGUCAGACACGGGACUGAGAGGAAAUUAACUCUGGGACAAGGAAAACAGUAGGUUACACGAAAUAAAACAGAGAUGUGAUCGUUUUCUGGACACGAUUAGAAAAACUACUAACAUCAGAGAGGCGACGUGAUUAAAGGAUAAAGAACCAAGCGAAAAUCAGGUGCCUAUAAGUAUUCAAAGUGAGAUAGACAGCGUAUGUAUUCCAUGGUGUCCAGUGCAAUUUAUUUACGCCUGUGGAGGUGGUUUCGAUGUUUGUUUUCUUUGAAAAUUCGUUCGAAGAGCAAGAAGGUGUUUGGCAAGCCAUCUAGCUAGUUCAGUUCGAGUAGUAGCUGGCCGUAUUCAGUUGCGCCUUCCGUUUCUUUUAUUUGACGUCUUUUCGGGAUAUUUUUUAAGAACGGAUUUUGCCAUCACCCAGUGAUGUUUCAGUGUAUACCCCUGUGGCGGUGCAAUCGUCAUGUUGAAUUGAUCGAUAAGCGGCACUGUUCUCUGUUAUACGUUCCGGAUGAGAUCUACCGCUACAGUCGGAGUUUGGAGGAGCUUUUGCUGGAUGCUAACCAACUCAGUGACUUGCCCAAGCCAUUUUUUCAGCUGCUAAAGCUACGAAAGCUGGGCCUGAGUGACAACGAGAUCCAAAGACUUCCUCCAGAAAUAGCAAACUUCAUGCAGCUAGUAGAACUUGAUGUCUCUCGUAAUGACAUCAUGGAAAUUCCAGAGAGCAUCUCUAACUGUAAAGCUCUCCAAGUAGCAGACUUUAGUGGAAACCCAUUAACAAGAUUGCCUGAGAGUUUUCCAGAGCUUCAGAAUUUAACAUGCCUUUCCAUCAAUGACAUUUCAUUGCAGGCUCUUCCCGAAAACAUUGGAAACCUCUCCAACUUGGUAUCACUGGAACUCAGAGAGAAUCUGCUGACAUAUUUACCAGAGUCACUAUCACUACUUCACAGACUUGAGGAGCUUGACCUAGGGAACAAUGAACUUUACAAUUUGCCAGAAACAAUAGGAUGUCUUGUCAGCUUAAAGGACUUGUGGCUGGAUGGAAACCAGUUGGCUGAAAUACCUGCAGAGAUGGGCAGCAUGAAAAGCCUCCUGUGUCUAGAUGUAUCAGAGAACAAGCUGGAGCACCUUCCAGAGGAGAUGGGUGGCCUGGUCUCCCUUACUGACCUGCUGGUGUCCCAGAACCUCAUCAAUGCUCUGCCAGAGGGCAUAGGAAAACUGAGGCGACUGUCAAUAUUGAAAGCAGACCAGAAUCGGCUUGCCCAGCUACCAGAGAGCAUUGGGAACUGUGAGAGUCUCACUGAACUGGUGCUCACUGAGAAUCGGCUACAGAGUUUGCCAAGAAGUAUUGGAAAACUAAAGAGACUUUCCAACUUCAACUGUGAUAGGAACCGACUAGCGUCAUUGCCUAAAGAGAUUGGAGGCUGCAGUAGCCUGAAUGUCUUCUGUGUUCGAGGGAACAGGCUGACAAGAAUUCCCUCUGAGAUCUCUCAGGCCACAGAACUGCAUGUGUUUGAUGUGUCUGGAAAUAGACUACUCCACCUACCCAUAUCUCUGACCAUGCUGCGACUCAAGGCCCUGUGGCUGUCAGAGAACCAGUCCCAGCCUCUACUCACCUUCCAGAAUGACAUGGAUCCAGAGUCGGGGGAAAAAGUGCUCACCUGUGUUCUCCUGCCCCAGCAGCCUUCAGAACCUGACAGUAAAGGCUCAGACAACCUGGCUCGCUGCGGUGCUCUGGAGAGCCUGGUGAAUGAUGUGGUUGAUGACACCUGGGAUGACAGGGCCAUGAACAGGAUCAGUGCCAUCCACUUCCUGGAUGAUGACGAUGACGAGGAUGAUGAAAAGGGAACGCUGAUGCGACGGGCCACUCCUCACCCAGGCGAGCUGAAGACUAUGAAGAAAGCAGCGGAGAACCUCCGCAACGACCUGAACGCCGCCAAAGGCCUGGAUUCCAACAAAAACGAGGUCAAUAAUGCUACAGUCACCACGUCUGUGUGACUCUUACCUCAGAAACAUUCUUACCUCCUGUGUCUCUCGCCAUGUUCUCCUGCACAACCCCUUGAACCUACAUUUCCCCACAAACCCCUCUGCGAUCUACCUACCCCUCCUGCAGCUCAUCCCUGGGACUCUGCUGUGAUCCUCUUGUCCAGUAUCUUACUUCAUUUCCAAUACCCUGCACGGUAUCUGGCUCAGACUACCAGGGCCUAUGUGCCUUCUUUUCAAACUAUUGUGCUAUCUUUUCAAACAGCAAUAAUAUGCACAGGUGUGCUCCUUUUUAAAGGUAUUUUUUAAAGUUAGUGCUUUUUAAAGAUGUAUUUUUUCCUUUUUUUACAGACAAUAGGUAGUUGCACUACUGUAAGUCUUAAGUAUAUUAAAUAUUGUUGACAUCUUUAUAUAUAUUUGUUUUAUUUUUUAAACACUGGGGGAAUAUUUCUUUUUACAUUUUGGGGAUACUUAGUUUUGGACCUACUGAUUUAAGAAUUAUUGUAUAGUCAUUUGUGAAUAUUGAUACUUUUAUACUUUUUGGCAGCUCAGAUGUUGUAAAUUAAAACAAUGUAUAGCAAGUUUCUUAAACUAUCGCAGAAUUUAAAAAAAAAUGUUAUAUCUUGGUAUUUGGUACGUAUUUUAUUUCCUUUUUAGUGUUUUCUUUUUAAGUAAAGAAAUUAACAAAAAUGCAGUUGCUAAUGUUUUAUCAAAACAAUAUAAUUCCCUUUGGGUGAGUAGACAGCCUCGAAUCUUCUUUUCUACUCCAUUGUCUAACUUCUUAAUCAAAUCCUAAACUCACUUUUAUAUAGACAUGUUUGGUAAUUUUGUAAUUAAGUUUGGAACAUGUACCAUAACCACUCUCCCACAACAGAUUGAGUGGAAGUGACAAGGCUGUCUUACUUUUUUUCAUUGCGAUUCACUGCGUUGAAAUGUUUUCUUAAUACCAGAAACAGCUGCAUUUUAACAUUUGCCACUUUCUCCCUUUAGCAUAUGAGCUUAGACUUUCAAUGGCCAAUUUCAUUACAAACAAGGUAAUAAGGACCAGGGUGGAAUCUUUUGAAAAUGCAGUUUAAGCAUACACUAAUGCACUACUUUAAGUUUAUUGCGUCUUAAUAAAAACAGAUUGUUCUUCAAAUGGUACACUACAACAUUGAUUUAACUUUUUUUGUUUUAAAUGUAUUUCAAGGAGAGGACCAUAUAAAUUUGUUUUAAUGUGGAGUUCAUCUUUAAUGAUCAAGCUGCACAAAAACACAAUUUGAAAUUGGCAUGGACACUGAGCCUACAGAUUUGGAUUACUUUUAACCACAAAAAUAAAAUGGGUUUAAAACCAAACAUGAUUCAUUAUUCCCCUUAACUUCGUUUUUAGUCCAUUAGUCUUUAGAGUUUCAGCCUUUAGUCCUUUAUGAAAAAUGUAGACCUUCCGUUUUUGCUUCACCAUCUCACAAUUGUUAACAUGUCAUCUAACGUCUCAUAACUGUUAACAUGUCAAAUCAUAAAUGCCAUAUUUUUUGUAUUCAACCCGCACAUGCCCGUUAUCAUUGAUUAUUCUUAAAUACUGUAUGUAUUUGCCAUUAAAAUUGGAUUAGACUUUAACCGUUUAAUUAUUUUUUUUUAAAGGAAAUCACUCAGUUUUAACAAAGCCCAUUGAUAAAGAACUCAUCAGGGUGGUCAUUCACAUACACACAUUAGUACUUUUUCCUCAACCAUUCAUCUCCUGUUUUGUCCAUCCAACUUGCAUUGCAUGACUUGUGUAUAUAGUAUGCAACACCUCACCUAACUGUCAUGUGCUGUAUGUGAAGUCUGCUUGUCUUGAAAUGAGAGUGUAAGUAUGGACUGCAUUCAAUGUUGCAUUCACAAAGUUUAAAUUCCAUGUGUUUAUCUCAAGUAGAUGUUUAUAUUGUAUUAAUACAAUGCAAUGAGUAUCGUUAUCCCUAACCGUGCCCUGGUUUUAUUUAGGCUUUUAAAAGCAAAUUAUAUCCCCUGAACAGCUUGUAUGAUUUUCAAGUCUACAGUGCCUUCAGAAAGUAUUCAUACCUCUUGACUUAUUCCACAUUUUGUUCUUACAGCCUGAAUUCAAAAUGGUUUAAAUAUAUUUUUUCCCCGCCUAUCUACACACAAUACCCCAUAAUGACAAAGUGAAACAUGUUUUUAGCCAUUUUUGCUAAUUUAUUGAAAAUUAAAUACCUAAUUUACAUAAGUAUUGACCCGCCUGAGUCAAUACAAGUUAGAAUUACCGCUGUGAGUCUUUCUGGGCAAGUCUGAGCUUUGCACACCUGGAUUGUACACUAUUUGCCCAUUUAUUAUUUUCAAACCGCUUCAAGCGCUGGCAAAUUGGAUGUUGAUCGUUGCUAAACAACCAUUUUCAAGAUUUGCCUAGGGUUUCAAAUAGAUUUAAGUCAAAACUGUAACUCGGCUAUACAGGAACAUUCACUGUCUUCUUGGUAAGCAACCCCAGUAUAGAUUUUGCCUUGUUUUAGGUUAUUGUCCUGCUGAAAGGGGAAUUCAUCUCCCACUAUCUGGUGGAAAGCAGACUGAACCAGGUUUUACUCUUGGAUUUUGCCUGUGCUUUGCUCCAUUCAGUUUCUUUUUGUAUCCUGAAAAACUCCCCAGUCCGUAAUGAUUACAAGCAUACUCAUAACAUGAUGCAGCCGCCACUAUGCUUGAAAAAUAUGGAGUAUACAGAUAGCCUAGUGGUUAGAGUGUUGGCCAGUGACCGAAAGGUUGCUGGAUCAAAUCCCGAGCUGACAAGGUAAAUACUGUCGUUCUGCCCCUGAACAACCCACUGUAGGCCGUCAUUGUAAAUAAGAAUUUGUUCUUAACUGACUUGUCUAGUUAAAGGUUUCAUUUUUUUAUUUUAAAAAGUGUUGUAUUGGAUUUGCCCCAAACAUAACACUGUAUUGAGAACAGGAUGCAUGUUUUGGAAUAGUUUUCUGUACAUUCUUCCUUUUCACUCUAUCAAUUAGGUUAGUAUUGUGGAGUAACAAGAAUGUUGUUGAUCCAUCCUCAGUUUUCUCAUAUCACAGUCAUUAAACUCUGUUUUAAAA